CCUAAGAAAUCAGCUUAACCUUUUGGUUGGCUUAAAGAGGUGUUUAAUUACAUAGCAAUGCUAGUGAUUAGUGAGUUUGUCUACCCUAAUAAAUGAGUUAUGUUGACUAAAUAAUCAUUUUCUCAAAAAAAAAAAAAUCAUAUCUAAGAAAUUUCCCCAAAUCCGCCUGAAUUGAGGCAUUCUAAAACUCCCGGCGAUACUGACAGCAAAUGGGGAGCUCGUCGGCGGCGGCGCCGCCGUGGAAACAGCUUCUUCUCAGUUCAAUUCAAGCCAAUUCCCAUCUGAAGCACCACUCCUACUUCCAGCUCGCAACUGUUUCAUCGAAUAACAGACCCUCCAACCGCACCGUUGUUUUCAGAGGGUUUCACGAUGAUGGUGAUGAGAUUCUAAUCAACACCGACACUCGUUCCCGCAAGAUAAAUGAUCUCAAGCACUGCCCUUUUGCUGAGAUAUGUUGGUACUUCACCGAAUCGUGGGAGCAGUUCCGGAUUCGUGGAGUGAUCGAUGUCGUAGAUGGAACUACUCCUGAUCCACUCAAACUUCAGCAAAGGGAGAAAUCAUGGUUUGCAUCUUCGCUUAGAUCAAGAAUGCAGUAUCUUGCUGCCUCUCCGGGACUACCUGCGAUUGCGAGCAGCGAGCAGCCUCCCUCUUUGGAUCCUUCCGUUGGCCCAGUUGCUGCAUUUGGCCUGCUCGUAUUCGACCCCCAUGAGGUUGACUAUCUGAAUUUGAAAAGCAAUGAGAGGCUGUUGUUUACUUCAGCUGCGAGUGUCGACGCACAGAAGCUCUGGACUUCGGAGAAAGUGAAUCCUUAGCCCUUCCCUUCCUAUGCAUUAUGUAAGAAUGAAUUAUUUCUGAUAGUGUAAAAAGACAUUUACUUUUCAUGAUUGUGAAGAUAUAUAAAUAAAUUUAUUACCUUUAUUAAUAAAAUUUCUUCAAUUCUACCCUUUUUUAUGAAUGUAAUAAAGAUCAAAACUUUGACAGUUUUAGGUGUGAUUGUUACUAAAAAGUUUUCUCAUGCAAGGUCAAUUUGAUACUCCCUCCGUCCCAUUAAUCUUGUCUUGUUUUUCUUUUUAGGUUGUCCCAAUAAUAUUGUCUUAUUUUUAUUCUUGAUAACGAUUUUUUACACGCACAUUUUUAUACGCUUUAACGACACUAAUUUAACUCAUCUUAAUAAUUGUGCUCAAAAAAAUGUGACAAGCUUAUUGGGACGAAGGGAGUAGUUCAGUAGAGUCUUUGUCCAAAGUGUAAGGAACUCUAAACCAAUCUUCCAAAGACAACAAAUCGAGUAGAAAACAAGAGUGAUUCAAUUGUAAUUACAAAACAGUACAUGCGUGGAUGCAACAUUCGAGAACCAAUAUUUUUUUUUAUUAUAAAUUAACAAAUAAAAAAGGAAAUUUAUAAAUCGUGUCACGAUCGACUCGAACUCAAGCCCUCUAACUUGAGCAUUAAUUACAUUAUCGCUAGGUCAAUACGCGCACACAACCAGCAGCCAUCAACCACUAUUCUACAUGGAUAAAGUUGUGUUGGGGCGCCGAGGUAUCGGCAUCGCCGCGGUGGUGGGAGGCGGCCGCCGCGGCGAGCAUGAGAGGGCGGUCCCUGGCCUCUUCGUCGUCGGAGGUGGAGAGAUUGAUGCAGGAGCACCGCUCUAGCGAAGUAAAGAACGCCGUCGCGACGCUGGCCCCGAACCAGCCCGCCACCCGCUCCAGCUUCUCGCACUUGAGGAAUCCGCCGCCGUCCUCCGCCGCCUCAUUCGAAGACAUUCUCUCUCUCUCUCUCUCUGUUGGAUUCGGAUAGAGAAAUGAAUUUGGGAGAGACUGCAGCAGAGGAAGAUAGUUUCCAGAGAAU